AUGCGUAUCACAGAUAGCCGGCAAGCAUUCAGUCUUCUGUCAUUGCUGGGCUUGGCGCUGGGCAGCUGGCGGUUGUCUUCGCGAUUCUACAUAAGCGCGUCUUUCGAGCGACCUGUCUUCUUCACGGUCAUCACGCUACUCGCCUGCAGUGUCAUUCUUCAAUGUCGAGCGCAAUGGAGCACCAGUCACGGACCGCCUCUCGAGGUCGCACGAGUCACCCAGAAACCGGCGCUGCGCGUUGAGCAAAAGGGACUUCUCAGAGUGGCUGCGCGCGUUUACGAUACGUGGACGCGCCUACAUGUGCUGUUUCGGACACUGCUCGUCUGUCUCGUCACACGCACGAUACUCUUCUGGUACACCUUGCGCAAAGCACAAUGCGGCUGGAUUGGGAUAGAGGCAUUCUUGCCCUUUGCGACGCUGGCUGCCAGCCAGAUCAUCACAUACGCGACCGAUCGCCUUAGGGGUGCCAACCUGUCUCUCGACCGCAGCCCUGUGCCUCGAAAGUCGAAACGAGUCGUCUACACUAUCGUGGCGUUCGCGUGGGCGCUCUGCGCCAUGUGGGCACUCGGGAGCUUGCAUAUCCGCACAGGGGCAGUGUGCCCAGUGGGUUGGCGCGUGUGGCCCUUGACGCCGUUUCUCCAGAUGACCAUGUGCUUGCUGGACGCUGUGAUCCUGGCUCAGGUCUCGCGGCUGCGUCGAUACGAAGUUGAGGGCAGGCGCGAUACCUCCAAAUUCCUUAGCACGCUCUUUAUGAUGGCAGCUGUGGGCUCUACCGUCGUGGCGUUCUCCCCAAUACUCAUCGAAAUGAGCUUGUACUGGACUCUACGACUCAACGCUGUCGACGUCCGAGAUUUACUUCUGGAUUCAAGCGUUGCCGUCUCGGUCGUCCUUUGUGCGCUAGCCUUGAUGGCGUACCUGGAGGCGUCUACUUUGGCGUUCAUCAUCGCCUCCCUGGGUCUGUUUGGGUUUAGAAUACCAAACCUUGGGGCCGGUCCGCUCCUAGCGCCCAUGUCACCCAACUUGGUUCUUGGGUCAUCACUAGCUGCCGCUCUCUUGACGACACUGUUUGUCCUUCUCACCAAGCCCAACGACGGGAAGGUCCGGGCUUCCACAACGGCAGUGCUACACCAUGUCACGAGGCUGGGCUUCUUGUGCAUUGUCGGCAUCUGCGCCAUCUGGGCCUUCCUACUGCCACCGCAUGGCGUCGGCAUGGCUUUGCCAUCGGCCAUCAACAAGCUGUUCCAGGUCGCCGAGAUGGAUGCCCAUCAGUGGGCGGAAAAGGCUGCCGCCAGCAAGAGUCUCAAGGAUGCCGUGACGGAGUACCGGAAGCGUUAUGGCAUUGCACCACCGCCCAACUUCGACAAAUGGCACGAGUUUGCCACCAAACACCAUUCGCCCAUCAUUGACAGCUUUGACCAGAUCCAUCAGGACCUGCUUCCAUUCUGGGGUGUCGAGCCUGCGGAGAUCAGAGCGCAGACGGGGCAUAUCCUCGGCUACUCAAGUCUCGAGAUGGGUGGUCUCCGCAUCCGCGACGGCAACCUCCAGCAGUCACCCCACGUCCCGGGCACGCAUCGUUGGAUGGCCGAGUCUCUCGAGAGGAUGAUCGCCCCCUUUGCGCAGUGGCUGCCGGACAUGGACCUUGCCAUCAACUUGGGUGACGAGUGUCGCAUGACAGUCCCGUUUGAGGACAAGGCAGUCCUGUUGGAGAAGGCGACUGCUACGCGGAAAACGGCCGCGCAGAAGAGCACGGACGGGAACGUCGUGUCGCGCCGGUGGCCACAAAAGAGGGAGAGGUGGCCGCAGGACUGGGCAGACGUGCACGGGGACUUUUACGAAUCAUCAGACAUCCCACCAGACUUCUCGAGCAACCUUCGAAAGCCGCUCUACUACGAGUGGGUGGCGCCAACGUGCCCUGCGGGCUCUCCAGCGCGAGACCGCAGAUGGUGGGAUAGAAGCACAGCUUGCAUCCAAUGCGCGGCGCCGCACUCCAUCCUGACCGACGAAGGCGCUGUCAUGGCGCAUCCGGGGAUGGCCAACAAUCUGUGCUAUCAGCCAGAUCUUGCGUACCUGGAUGGCUUCAUCUUGGCGCCCACCGCCGUGACGACCAAGAAGCUGCUGCCCAUUUUCAGCCAGUCGCGUGUUGGUGGAUUCUCCGAUAUACUGUUCCCGUCACCCUGGAACUUCAAUCUAAAGUCGGAGUACGAGGAGGCGGAGGAUCUCGCGUGGGAAGACAAGCAAAACGCCUUGUUCUGGCGGGGCACGCCUUCGGACGGGUACGCCUGGGACGGCACCUGGACCGGAUUUGUGAGAGCACGCCUGGUCAAUGAGGGCUUUCAGCGAGGUCCAAUGUUGGACCUUGGUCCAAUGUUGGACCAGUCCGUCGGCGUCAACGUGUCCUAUGCUGGGCGGAUCGAGAAAUGCCACGCGGCGGACUACCGGGCGCAGCUCGCCACGUUUACACACUGGGGCAGAGCGACGCUGACAGAGGACUACCAGCCCGAGGCAGACUGGCCUCUGCCGCCCGUCACGGCGUUUGACGAGCACUGGCACUACCGUCACCUCAUCGACGUGGACGGCGCCGGGUUCAGCGGGCGAUUCCUGCCCUUUCUCCAGUCCCGGAGCGUCGUGUACCGGGCCGCGCUCUUCAAGACGUGGUAUGACGAGCGCCUGCGGGAGUGGCAUCACUACAUCCCCGUCGACGUGCGGCUUGGAAAUGGGUUCUGGUCGGUGCUGCGCUACCUCGGCAGCAGCGAGCGACACGACCAGUCGAAGCAUACGGGCGACGAGAUUGCGCAGAAGAUUGCGAUGAACGGCAAGGCGUGGGCCAGCAAGGCUCUGCGGGCGGAGGACAUGCAGAUAUACAUGUUUCGCUUGCUGCUAGAGUGGGGACGGGUUGUGGAUGAUGAGCGGGAGAAUCUUGGCUACGUCGUGUGA